UGUGUUGCGUUCCGACGUUUGCUCUCGUGUGUGAAGCAGCCAGAGUCCACAUCGGCCGCAACAGCUACAGUGACAGCGACGUACACACUGCUCUGGUGUGUCAAACAACAGGCAGUGUAUGCAGCAGAUAAUGGCAGCUGGUGUCACACGUGACUGCUGUGGCCGUGCUGCGGAACUGAUAUACUGUGGCAGGCGGGACACGGCGGCGGCUCGUCGUUGACAAACACCCACCACCUGUCGUUCGGGCAUCCGAUGUUGGGGCACCUGGCAAAACAGUUUUGCAUCGCUUAUCCUGCCAACACGCUCUGCAAACUACGGCUGGUUGUGGGGGUAGCGUUACCACGGCGUGACGGUUCCAAUUUUCAGCCGACGCACCGGUACAGGAUGCACACCGCGUACUUCAAGCACUUGCCGGGCGACAGCCACUGCCAGAUCCGGUUUCACCUGGUGGCCGCGCAGCAUCGGCUCGACAAGGUGUUCAACUUUAACCGCAGCAUCGACGAGUCGGUCGAGGUCUGCCUCGAACGGAUGCGGUGCAACAUCGAGAAGGAGCUCACGAAAAAGAAUAAACGUAAAGCGUCGAAAAAGGAGGCAGCAGCGUGUUCACCGGCGCCCAGUGAUGAUGGAAAGCAGGUAGUAGCGGCCGACGUACGGACACAGCAGCAACAACCGCCGGCAGUCCCACCGUCACCGAUCACGGUCUCCAUUGGCACGAGAAAGGAGCAGUUCAGUAGCAUCACGAUAGCGGAACUGCUAGCUCGCCUUGAUCACGAGCCGGAUGUGUUUCUCACCGUGCUGAACGAUGAACUCCGGAUCACCUGUAACACGCCGGAGGUGCAUGCGGUGGCGCUACCCUCCUCCAUGCUGGCCGACUUCUACGUUUACCCGGCGAAGCUGGAGCUACACUUUGCGACAGUGGCCGGAAGUGAGUACCGCUGGUACCGCGGUCUGAUGCCCGCCAGCAACAACGCCCAGCAGAUCCAAUGGGAGGAGGUGUGUCAGGAGCAUACGUACUUGGUACGAACGUGCGAUAUCGGCUACCAUCUGAAGUUCUGCUGUACACCGAGGGGAGCGGAACGUGUCGGGCUGACCACUGAAAUCGUGGCUGUGCGUCCCGUGCAGGCCGGCCCGGGCCAGUGCCCGUUCGAGGUGCGGCAUCUGUUCACGCCGACCAAGCUGCCACCGCAUCAGUUUCGCGUGGUUUCCUACAAUCUGCUCGCCGACUACUACACGGACUCCGACUACAGUCGAACGGUGCUGUUCGGCUACUGUCUGCCUUACGCGCUCGAGAUGGACUACCGGAAGCAGCUGCUCAUCAAGGAGCUGCUGGGCUACCGAGGCGAUAUCCUAUGCUUGCAGGAGGUCGAUAGCAAGAUCUUCGAUUGCGAUCUGCUGCCGAUACUCGAGCAGAAACAUUUUGCCGGAUGCCACCAACCAAAGCGCAAUACUGCGGAAGGCCUUGCUACGUUUUACGAUACCGGAAAGUUUGACUUCAUCGAGAAGGAUAGCGUGAUCGUCAGCGAGAUCAUGGAACAGUUUCCCGAGCUCUGGGAUAGAGUAAGCGACAACGAGCCGCUGUUGGAGCGAAUUGUGAAACGCUCAACGGCCUUGCAGCUGACGCUGCUGCGCUCGCGUUCGGCUAACAAAUACUUGCUAGUCGCCAACACGCAUCUUUAUUUUCAUCCCGAUGCCGACCACAUACGCCUGUUGCAGUUUGGUUUCGCGAUGCUCCACAUUCGUCGCACGUACGAACGGAUCCGCAGGGAACACAAUCUGGGAGGGCAGGAGCUGGCACUGCUGUUCUGUGGUGAUUUCAAUUCCGUACCAGAGUGUGGCAUCUACCGGCUAAUGACGGAAAGGUACGUUGGUCCGGAAAUGGCCGACUGGCUGAGCAACGAGCAGGAGGCGGUGCGCAACGUUUCGCUGACACAACCGUUCUCUAUGGCAUCGGCCUGUGGUUGCCCACCGUUUACCAACUAUACGGUCGGCUUUGCCGCAUGCAUCGAUUACAUCUUCUAUCAAACCGAUCUGCUGCAGGUGACGGACGUGAUUCCGAUGCCUAGCGAGGAAGAGCUUAAGAUGUAUGAAGCGAUACCGUCGCCUGUCUUUCCCUCCGAUCACAUUGCCUUGGUAGCGAACCUGCAAUGGAAUGCGCAGCAUGGUGAAUGAUCUAAGGGUCAGUAAAGUUUGGAAAUUUUCAGAUCCGGUUUGCCUGCGCUUUUAAAAUUGCGCGGGCAAAAUGUAGCAUCUGGGCCGGAAUUAAAAAACAAACGUAACAGCAAUAAAAUAUGUUUAACGUUUUA